GUUAUCAUCAUGAGAUACAAAGUCCUGGACGCAAUCCCGUCUUGAAUUCAAUCCAGCCUCCAUCUUAGACUAUACACAAGUCACAACUGCAAAGAAAGAAGUAACCUUUGUUUUCUCUCACUCUGGAAGAAACAAACAAACAAACACUCAAAUUCUCUUUCCUUCCACGCAGUAAUCAAUAUUCAAUCAACCUUUAUGACACAGAAAACCCCAAUCCCAAACAACACCCUCAGACCCUAAUUACUUAAAAAAAUUUAAUUUUCUGUUAUGGCGACUGAUGCAAGGGCGAAGUUCCAAAACCCGGAAUUCCGACCCGAUUUCCACGCGGACUUAACGGUGUCAAGUCACGACGGCCUCCAGUUCUGGCAGUUUAUGAUCGCCGGAUCCAUCGCCGGCUGCGUCGAGCACAUGGCCAUGUUCCCCGUUGACACCGUCAAGACGCGAAUGCAAGCCCUAGGCUCCUGCCCCGUCAAAUCCGUAACGGUCCGUCACGCCCUCAAGACCAUUCUCCAAUCGGAAGGCCCGUCGGCCCUCUACCGCGGCAUCGGCGCCAUGGGCCUCGGCGCUGGGCCCGCCCACGCCGUCUACUUCUCCGUCUACGAGACCUGCAAGAAGAAAUUCUCCGAGGGGAACCCCAGCAGCAACGCGGCGGCACACGCGGCGUCGGGCGUCUGCGCCACCGUGGCCAGCGACGCGGUGCUGACGCCGAUGGACAUGGUGAAGCAGAGGCUGCAGCUGGGGAACAGUGGGUACAAGGGGGUUUGGGACUGUGUGAAGAGGGUAAUGAGUGAGGAAGGGUUUGGAGCGUUCUAUGCGUCUUAUAGGACCACUGUGUUGAUGAAUGCGCCGUUUACUGCUGUGCAUUUCACGACGUAUGAGGCCGCGAAACGAGGCCUCAUGGAGGUCUCGCCGGAGAGUGUGGAUGAUGAGAGGCUGGUUGUGCACGCCACUGCUGGGGCUGCUGCUGGGGGUUUGGCUGCUGUGGUUACCACGCCGCUUGAUGUCGUCAAGACUCAAUUGCAGUGUCAGGAUUUGUUACUUCUCAUCCUUCACGUAGUUGUACUUCACCAUUUUCUUGCUGGUGAGUUGUCUUCCUCUAUUUAAACAGAAAUAAAAAAAAGGAAAGUGGAUGCCAGUAGUCUUGUAGUGUAUUUUGCUUAAGGAUAGAUUUAUUAAAAUGGUAAACUUUUAAAUAACAUAACAGACACUUCUGGCAUAUGGUAUAAAUGUGCAUCUAUUCCGUUUAUAUGCGCUCCUUUGAUAAAAUAUGACAUAUUCCCAUCAACCAACAUUAGGGGUGUGAUUUUACCUAUGGCUCUAUGUAAUUUUAAUGCAAAGAGAGAGAGAGAGAGAGAGAGAUGAUAAAACUUAGACUUUACAAUUUAUACUUGAGUAACAUAAUAAGAAAAGAGUUAUAUUCAGGUGAACCGUUGGUACAUGUGAGGAGCGAGAACUGAGUUGUAAAAUAGAGAAAGGAAGUUCAAUAUAGAUUUAAUUAAGAAAUUGAUGACCAACAGACAAGGAAACCAACUGGAAAGAUGGUAAGAGGAUGAGAAAGUUGUAGGGUGUUGAUCCCAUAAUAACCUUUUUAAGAAUUAUUGAAGUUUAGCUCUGUUAAUUUCCAUCCCCACCCCAUUACUUGAGUCCUAUGAAAUUUAGAGCUUUAAUCAGACAAAAUGGUGUUCAAUUGAAGUGCUGAAGAUGAUGGUACUAAUGAUUGAUGAUAAUGUUUGAAUUUGAAUCGCUUCAUGUAUUCCUUUCAACUUUUGUUGCAUUUUUUCUUAUUAAAAUAGGAUGAGUUCAUUUUAUGAUUCUGUAGAAUCAUAUGUAGAUUGUAGAAAUGACAAGAUCAUUGUGUGUAGUUCAGCAUCCUUAUAAAUUUAUAUCAUCUUUUCAUUGCUUAUAUGGGGAUUGUUAUAGAUUUAUAAGACCAUACGUCACAGGAACCCAAUAUUUUCCAAUCAAACAAAAAAUGCUCCAAAUUCGUUGAGGUUUCAGCACUCAUGUCAUGACUUUUAUUACUAUUAUUAUUAUUUUUUCUAUUGUGUACUAUGGUGCUAAUUAAGUUGAUACUUUAACUGGAAAUUGAUUGUGUAACAACUUUUAUUAUAUGAAUUUGUUAGGCUUUAUGAAUGAUGGUAAAUCUGGGGAAAUCAUACGGCAAGUUUUUUAAGCCCUUUCUUUCCUUUCCUUGGAUAGUA